AUGAUAUUUUUGGAGCACACUGGGCUUAGUAAAAUAGCGUCUAUAUUACACAGCUUAGGAGGUCCGGAUCGUUAUUUUGACGCAAAACUUGAAUUGGCAUCAUAUUCAAAAUCAGAUAACAUUUUCAAUGAUGAUAAUAAUGAAAACUCAUCAAACCAUCAUGAUCACAACGUAACAUCCUACUUUAAGGCCAUUCUUAAUAAGUGCUUUCAGGACUACGAUUUUAGUAACGUAAAUGAUUCGUACUUUAAGGAAGUUAAAAAUUUGGACAACGUUGUGAACAAUAUAUAUUACAAUGUGUCGAUCAUAGUUGGACGAAUAUUCCCAGAUUUUGUAGAUCAAUUUUGGUACACGAUAAAGCAAGUUGUCCAUAUACGAGAUGUGGAUAUAUACACGUUCGACAGCGGCGGAGAGGACGACCCGUUUAACUCUGAGACUUGCAUAAACUCAUUUAACUACUUUCUGGUUGACAAGAAGCAGCAACACAUUCUUUUUGUAUCUUGCAUUACAAGGACGCGCACAGACACACAAGAUAAGAGCGAAUACACACCUUCAUUCCAAAUGUCCAUGUAUGUAGACUCUACGAACAACAAACUUGACGGUGAUUGCCUUUCUGAUACUGAAGUCCCAGAAAUAUUAUGA